AACAGAGUCAGGCAACAACAUUUCCUGUUCAUCAUAGCUACUGUCAUAGUAAAAAACACUGUAUUUAGUAUACAAUUCAUAAUUGAAGGCCAAAAUGAUUCCGUAUACUGUAAACAUUAAACUCGCGGCGCGGACACUGACUGGGACCGUCCAUUUACAAAACAAAACAGCGGUUGAUUGGGGCUGGCAAGGACUUAUUGCACAGGGAUGCCACUCCAGUAUCCUCAUCAUAGACCCAAAGACGUCCCAAACCAUUCAGGUGUUGGAGAGGCACAAAGCUAACGUUGUCAAGGUGAAAUGGUCCAGGGAGAACUACCACCACAGCCUCAGCUCCCCCUACUCCCUGCGCCUGGCUUCGGCUGACGCGUCUGGGAAGAUCAUCGUGUGGGACGUGGUGAGCGGUACUGCUCACUGUGAGAUCCAGGAACAUGCCAAACCCAUCCAGGACAUGGACUGGCUGUGGGCGCAGGACGCGUCCAGGGACCUCCUGCUGGCCGUGCACCCCCCCAACUACAUCGUGCUGUGGAACGGGGACACGGGCACCAAGCUGUGGAAGAAGAGCUACGCCGAGAACAUCCUCUCCUUCUCCUUUGACCCUUUUGACCCCUCCAACCUCGCCUUGCUGACCAGCGAGGGCAUCGUCUUCAUCACGGACUUCUCCCACUCCAAGCCCCCGGGCAGCGCGGGCAAGAAGGUCUACAUCGCCAGCCCCCACGCCAGCCCCGCUCACACCAAGCCUGCCCCGGCCCCCACCCCCGCCCCCACGGGCGCCAAGAAGGCACUGAACAAAGUCAAAGUGCUCAUCACCAAUGAGAAGCCCAGUGCAGAGGCGGUGACCCUGAACGAUUGCCUGCAGCUGUCCUACCUGCCCUCCAAGAGGAACCACAUGCUGCUGCUGUACCCGCGAGAGAUCCUCAUCCUGGACCUGGAGCUCAGCCAGACCGUGGGGGUGGUGGCCAUCGAGCGCUCUGGCGUGCCCUUCAUACAGGCGGUGCCGUGUGCCCAGAGGGACGCUCUCUACUGCCUGCAUGAGAACGGCUGCAUCACUCUGCGGGUGUGUCGCUCCACCACCACGCCCUCUUCAGAUGAGGCAGGACAGAGCACAGAGGGCGGAGAGAGUGCUCAGGAGUUGGUGUAUGACCUGCGUUCUCAGUGCGAUGCUAUCCGCGUCACCAAGACGGUGCGUCCGUACCGCAUGGUCAUCUGCCCGGUCAACGAGAACCGCGCCGCCCUGGUGGUGAGCGACGGCAGGGUCAUGCUGUGGGAGCUCAAGGCCCACCCCGUCAAGACCUCCGCCAACACCAGCAGUGGGCUGUCUCCCCUCUACUCCCCCGUGGCCUUCUGCGGGACUCCGUUGGUUCCAAAUCAGAAGCACGUGUCAGACCUGUCCCUCAACACCAUGAUAGGGCACAGCCUGAUCUCUGGCGUGGAGCCAGCGCGUCCGUCGGGCCAGCAGCAGGAGGUGCUGCUCAAGUUCCUCCUGACGGGGCUGCUCUCUGGCCUGCCGCUGCCCCCCUUCGCCCUGCGCAUGUGCCCCCCGCUCACCACCAAGAACAUCAACCACUACCAGCCCCUGCUGGCCGUCGGCACAAGUAAUGGUUCCGUGCUCGUCUACAACCUGACCAGUGGUCUACUGCACAAGGAACUGAGCGUCCACUCGUGUGAAGUCAGGGGUAUUGAGUGGAUCAGCCUCACCAGUUUCCUGUCCUUUGCCACCUCCGCACCCAACAACCUGGGACUGGUGAGGAAUGAACUGCAGCAUGUGGACCUACCUACAGGAAGGUGCUUUGCAUUCAGAGGCGAGCGAGGAAACGAUGAGCCAGCCAUAGAGAUGAUUAAGGUUUCUCAUCUGAAGCAGUACCUGGUGGUGGUGUUCAAAGACAAGCCUCUGGAGCUGUGGGACGUGAGGACCGGCACCCUGCUGAGGGAGAUGGCCAAGAACUUCCCCACCGUCACCGCUCUGGAGUGGUCUCCGUCCCACAACCUGAAGAGCCUGAAGAAGAAGCAGAUGGCUGCGCGGGAGGCCAUGGCCCGUCAGACCGUCUCGGACGCAGAGCAGAGCAGCGUCGAGUCCUCUGUCAUCAGCAUGCUCCAGGAUGCGGAGAGCAAGUCGGAGAUGGGCCAGGCCAUCUCGGCGCGGGAGCACUUUGUGUUCACCGACACCGACGGCCAAGUCUACCACAUCACCGUGGAGGGCAACACGGUGAAGGAUGGAGCACGCAUACCACCGGACGGUAGCAUGGGCAGCAUCGCCUGCAUCGCCUGGAAAGGUGACACGCUGGUCCUGGGGGACGUGGAUGGCAACCUCAACUUCUGGGAUCUGAAGGCCCGUCUGUCCAGGGCGGUGCCGACCCACCGUGGCUGGGUGAAGAAGAUCCGCUUCGCCCCGGGGAAAGGCAACCAAAAGCUGCUGGUCAUGUACACCGACGGGGCCGAAGUCUGGGACACCAAAGAGGUCCAGAUGGUGAGCAGCCUGCGCGUGGGCCGCAACGUGAGCUACCGCAUCCUGGACAUCGACUGGUGCACCUCGGACAAGGUGGUCCUGGCCUCCGACGACGGCUGCAUCCGCGUGCUGGAGAUGGCCAUGAAGUCAGCCAGCUACAGGAUGGACGAACAGGACCUCACCGAUCCCGUGUGGUGUCCAUACCUGCUCCUGCCCCGGGCUGCUCUGACUCUGAAGGCUUUCCUGCUGCUGCAGCCCUGGUCGGGCAGCUUCACCAUGGACAUCACUCAAGUGGAUUACAAUGAGAAGGACGAAAUCAAAGGACUGAUCCAGGAGCAACUCAACUCUCUGUCAAAUGACAUGAAAAGCAUCCUGCAAGACCCAGAGCUAAACCUCCUGCAGCGCUGCAUUCUAGUUUCACGGCUUUUUGGCGACGAGUCGGACCUCCAGUUCUGGACGGUGGCGGCUCACUACCUGCAGUCGUUUGCCCAGGCGCGCCAGCUGACCGUGCCCGACGCUGAGGGCCAAGCACCCGCGAAGGAGGCUUCCCCUUCCACCUCCACCCCCUCCCCCGUCAGCCACCUGGACAUCUGUCACGACACGCUGUGCGAGAGCACCUUCUUCCAGAGGUUCCAAUUAGAGCGUGUGCAUCUGCAGGAGGUGAAGAGGUCCAGCUACGAGCACACCAAGAAGUGCGCCGACCAGCUCCUCCUGCUGGGUCAGACGGACCGUGCGGUGCAGCUGCUGCUGGAGACCAGCGCUGACAACUCCAGCUACUACUGCGACUCCCUGAAGGCCUGCCUGGUCACCACCAUCACCUCCUCCGGCCCCUCCCAGAGCACCAUCAAGCUGGUCGCCACCAACAUGAUCGCCAACGGCAAGCUGGCAGAGGGUGUGCAGCUGCUGUGUCUGAUUGAUAAGGCGGCGGACGCCUGCCGCUACCUGCAGACAUAUGGCGAGUGGAACCGCGCCGCCUGGCUAGCCAAGGUGCGUCUGAACCCGGCGGAGAGCUCUGACGUGCUGAAGCGCUGGGCUGAGCACCUGUGCUCCCCUCAGGUCAACCAGAAGUCCAAGGCCAUCCUGGUGCUCCUCUCCCUCGGCUGCUUCCACAAAGUGGGAGAGAUGCUACUCAGCAUGAGGUACUUUGACCGCGCGGCGCUCUUUGUCGAGGCCUGUUUGAAGUACGGCGUGAUGGAGGCCAACGACACCACCAAUAAGCUGAUCGGCGCGGCGUUCAGUGACUACGCGCGGCUGCUGCGCUCGGUGGGCCUGCAGGAGGGCGCGGCUCUCUGGGCCUCCAAGGCGGGCAGCGCUGGAGAAGCCCUGAUGGAGGAUCUCUUCAAGAAGGAGGGAGGCGGAGGAGGAGGCGCAGACGGGGAGGGCGAGGGGGAGGUCAUCGAGAGCAGCCCGGGCCAGGAGCAGGAGGGCCUGCUGGUCUCCACCGAGUGAGAGGAGACAGAGAGAGAGAGAGAGAGGAGAGAACUCCCCAAAGAGAGAAGAAUAGGUGCCGAGAGACGGACGAAAGAGAAGAUGGGACUCAAAAGGAGUUAUGACACAUCGUGGGGUACUAUGGAGUGAGUUGGUGACUUCGAGAGGGAGAGAGAGAGAAGUGCAAUCAAAUCUGGAAAGAAAACCAUCUCCAUUCGUUUAUUUUCCCUCUCAUCCUUAACCUGAUGCAAACCACCAGGACCAGCAAGUCCUGUCUUGUUUAAGUGUCUCCUGUGUGGUUUUGGGAUGUGUGUGUGUGUGUGUUGUGAGUUAUUUGGGUGCUGUGUGUGAUGACACGUGCUGUCAUGUCUGUAGAACUUAGAACACAUCCCGCCUUGUAUAAAGUCGAGUGAUCAUGGGUCCGUCAGAUGUUACUGUAUGUCCAUAUAGCUGUGCCUCUUGAGUUUUCAUUGGCUGGUGUUUUGAUUGUCAUAUCCUUCGAUUAUGUUAUACACUGCUUUCCAACUGAGCGUCUUGUCUGUAUACUUAAUUGUCUCUGAGCUGUGGGAGCAGUUUCCUGGUAGCUCUUUGCCAUUUAAGGCAUUAUUCACAGAAGAUUUUCCUUAUUGUUUUCUUAUUCAUGUACUGCAAAACAUUCCAAAAUGACAUUAUUUUGCACAUUUUAAUUCAUACCAAAUGUUUUUCUUUCUUUUAACACUUCCUUUUUUGCCUUGUUGAGCACCAUUUAUAAAAAUGUUUUGUACAUAAAAUCAUUAAUAGUAGUGGCAAUAUUGACAAAUCUAUCUCAUCUCCUUUGCUAACACUCCCUUGCAUGCAUUAAGAACAGUGACUUUCUCCACAAUCACAGUGAAUGAUCAGUGGUGGUGGUUUGUUGUGUGACCCUCCUGUAUUUCUUCGUGAAAACCUCCAAAAGUCAAGAAUGAGUGAAUGAAUGAAUGAAUGGAUAAUUGAAUGAAUGAAUGAAUGAAUGAAACCGUAUACAGGCCAGUGGUGUGUUUAUAGUCCUGUGUGUGCUACAGAACCACGCGGGCAGUGAAGGGGAACAGAAGUAAAGCCCUGAGCUCUAUAAUUUCCAUAAGCCUCUUGUAUUGUGCGGGCCAUUAUAAUACCACAGCACAUGGCUGUCACAACAGGCUAUUGGCCUCUCAUCUCCGUAACUGCUGAGCCAUGUUGGGAGAGUUCAUUCAUAGUGUACAAAGUCUAACUAUAGAAAUGUAAUAAAAAAUACAGUAUAUUGUUAUAUAUUAUAUAUGUUCUAAUCUCUCCCUAUCUCUGCCAUUCAGGAACAGUGGCAUGGUAUCAGUGGGUGACACACGUGAGAUGAUCUGCUGUUAUUUCAGCAAAUGUUUCUCAACAUUCACCCCCCACCCCCCUUUUUUUGCUUAAAUAUAUUAAAACCGGUUUCUGCAUGCUUCCCAGUGCUGUGCAUAUUCAGUGGGGACAUCCAGGGUCUGUGUUGUGCAAUUCACCUUUUAAAAAAGAAAAGGACCAGUCUGUGGUACAGUAUAGACGUGUAGAUCUGGUGUGAUGAAGUUUGUUUUUGUUAAACCAUUGAUGAAGUGAUUAAAUUGUUUCACCUUUACAUAAAAAUUAUAUAUACUCAAAUGGUCAUGUCUUUACACCAAAUUUCAGUGACAAUGUAGUGAAGUUAUUCCCCCCCUCUGUGUGACUGAGGUAUUAUUGGUUGCCUAUUCCAAAGCAUGCAAUAGUAUAGGAAAUCCAUGUGUUCAUUUUUCCCCCCUCCUUGGGUUCUAUUUUUUAUUUGCCUUGGGUUUUCCCCUCCCUUCAAAAUGCUUAAUGUUCUCACAAGUUCAACCUAAAAAUUGAGUCAGAAAUAGCAAUGCAGUCAAGUAAUCCUGUUUGGUCUUCUUGUUCAUGUUCAGGUUCCACUUGUGUUGUCUGUCUGACAGUAGACCCAUUGUUUGGCAUUGCACUGCAGUGGUUUCACUCCAGCUGUUGCAGAUGCGUAUCAGUCAGUGCCACUCCUCUCAAAGAAGUGUCUCCAUGACAACCCAUCUUCAAUUUGACAUUUACACAGUCCAACUGAGUGACACUUUGGUAUUAAAAUCAAAUGAUUCUUAAUUGAAACUUGGUGCCCAAUAUUUAUGUAUAUGCACAUGGAUUAAUCAUUUUUACCACAUAUGGUCAUGGUGAUUGUUGACAUUUGCCGUUGUGAAAUGUUUAACCAUGAAAUGCCUGUUUUUUAAUGUUCUGUAGGAUCGAUUUGAGUAUGUGGUCUUUUUGUCAUGUUAUUUCACGUGCUAGCAGUAAUCAACACACUGCUUGUAGCAGCUUUCAGCUUUAUCAUGGAAGGUGUAAAUAUUAUGGACAAUAAAUGAUUGUUGCUUUA